AUGAGUUUAGAAUCUUUGUUCAGCUUACCACCAGAAAAUCUAUCAAACUUUAAACAAUUUUAUGGAUUUGGUACAGGAGGUAAUUGCUACAUUCGCGUCAAUGAACGACUAAAACAAAUUUUUAAAUCAUAUAAAUUAGAUAAACAAAACAUUGAUUCGGUCAAACACAUUUUGCGCGAUACAUGCAUUGUUGCUUUCGAUCAUCCAAAUAUCCCAAAAGUUCAUAGUUUAUAUUUUGCCGAAGAAAAAGAAAAGGCAGUUCUAUCUGCCUCUUACCAGUAUAUUCAAGCAGCAGAAAAUAAUGGAAAUGUACACUCAUUACUUGAAUCCAAAGCAAUUUAUAACAUUUUUAAAACAAUACAAUAUAUCCAUCAAAAUGGCAUCCAUCAUUGCGAUUUGGACAUAGCUAAUAUUCUUUUCCUUGAUAAUGGCGACAUUGCAAUUAUAGAUUUCGACAGAUACAAUCAAGGAGAAAUUCGACACGCAGAUGAGAUCUUUGUGAACUCAAUCCUAAUGGAAUACAGUGAUGAGUUUGCAUUACUCAUUUUUUCCAUCAUUUACAGCGGAAAACUUUCUUGUUCAGAAGAUUUACGUAACGAAAUUCAUGAUUUCGUUAAUGCUAUCGACAAAUUAUUCGAUAAAUCAUACCAAAGUACUCAGUUCGAUGAUAUUGAUUUAACCAAUGUCAAAAAUGAAACUGAUAUGAAUGAAAUUAAAAAAAUUUCGAAAUUAAUACAAAGCAAAAUAAAAUAUGAUGGUCCAGAGAACAUAGUAAUAAGAAUUUUAGAGAAUUAUGUUGACGCGUUCAUCAACAGCUUCGAAAAAUUCGAAAAAGAUCAAAAAAUAAUUUUUGAGUACAAUAAAAAGUGCAUGAACAUGCAUUUCAUAUCAGAAUCAUUGAAGAAGAAUGUCAUGCUUUCAAAAUUUAUUGAUUACGCGUUCAAACAAUCGAAAAAUAGAGAUCCAGAUGCAAUUGCCUUUCUUGGUGAAGUUUUCUUGACAGGAGUUGAAUCAAACCUCACUAAAUCUGCUAAAAUCCACUACAUCUGCGAUCAUACUCGUAUUAAACAAAGAAUUGAAACUGCAUAUUUAUUAUUCAUCAAAGCAAUGGGAAAUGGCUCUGAUUUCGCAAGGGAUCGCAUUUCUGCUGGAUUUCAGAUCAUGAAAUCGCUUCUUUCAUUGGAUUCUCCAACAAAUGAACAAAAAAUUUUAUUGGCUCAAAUGUGCGAAGCAUUUGGAUCCCACAUGUACAAUUUCUGGGGUGAAAACAGUCAAUUUAAAGAUUAUUUCUUUGAAUUCGAUGAUAUUUCAAAAUAUAAUAAAAAUGAUCUCGAGAAAAUGCUGGAAAACGCUGAUCCUGAGUUGAUAUAUAACUUAGAAUUCAAGCAGCUUUGCACAAUUAAAGCAAAAGAAAUUUAUGAAGAAAAUAAUUUUGAUUUCCUUUUGUUUAUGAUGAAAAUUAAGACUCUUUUGCUUAUUGAUCCUACCAAUUCACAAAUUGUGCAAGAAUUUAAUAAUUACAAGGAAGAAAAAAUUUAUUAUGAAGAUUUUGAUUUCGAAAUGAGCUCUUACUAUUGGUAUUACAUACCAGACAAGUACGAACAGUUCGAAGAGUGCAUCAAUGAGCAAAUGCUUUUACUUAAGAGAGUUCCUGAGCCAAAUCAGUUGAUGAACUUCCCUGUUAUCCUGCAAGCUGAUGUUUUUGAGCAUCUCUUAGCAGAUUAUUUCCAACUUAUCUAA